AUGGCUGUAUGGGAACAUCUAAGGGUAUCUCAUAUCGCUUAUGCGGUGGUUGGUGUUUUCUCUGCUGUUUUUUCACUUAUUUCAUUAUUUGUGAAGGAAAAAUUAUAUAUUGGUGAAGCUACUGUUGCUGCUAUAGUUGGAUUAAUCGUUGGACCUCAUUGUCUAAAUUGGUUUGCUCCAACAACUUGGGGGAAUACAGAUUAUAUUACUUUAGAAUUAUCAAGAAUUGUAUUAUGUUUACAAAUUUUUGCAGUUGCUGUGGAAUUACCUAAAAAAUAUAUGCUUAAACAUUGGCUUUCAGUUACAAUGUUAUUAGUACCUGUUAUGACUGCAGGUUGGUUAAUUGUUGGGUUAUUUGUUUGGAUUGUUAUUCCAGGUUUAAAUUUCUCUGAAAGUUUAGUUGUUUCAGCUUGUGUUACUGCAACAGAUCCUGUUUUAGCUGCUGCUGUUGUUGGUAAAGGUAAAUUUGCUAAAAGAGUUCCAGGUCAUUUAAGAAAUUUAUUAACUGCAGAAUCUGGUUGUAAUGAUGGUAUGGCAUUCCCUUUUAUUUAUUUAGGUAUAAAUUUAGUUAUUCAUGCAGGCAACGCUAAAGAAAUUGUUAAAGAUUGGAUUUGUGUUACAAUCUUAUAUGAAUGUAUCUUUGGUUGUAUCUUGGGUGCUUUUAUCGGAUGGGUUGGUAGACGCUCUAUAAAAUAUGCACAUAAUGCAGGUUUAAUUGAUAGAGAAUCAUUCUUAGCAUUUUAUGUUGUUUUAUCAUUUGCUUGUGCAGGAUUUGGAUCCAUGUUGGGUACUGAUGAUUUAUUAGUUUCAUUUGCAGCUGGUACAGCUUUCUCAUGGGAUGGUUGGUUUGCUAAAAGAACUGAAGAAUCUCAUGUUUCAACAGUCAUUGAUUUAUUAUUAAAUUUAGCAUAUUUUGUUUAUUUUGGUGCUAUUAUUCCUUGGCCUAAAUAUAAUGAUUCUUCAUUGGGUCUUGAUGCUUGGAGAUUAGUUAUUAUUGCAAUUGUUAUCAUUUUCUUGAGAAGAUUACCAGCAGUUUUAGCAUUAAAACCAUUUAUACCCGAUGUUAAAACUUGGAGAGAAGCUUUUUUCGUUGGUCAUUUCGGUCCAAUUGGUGUUGGUGCUGUUUUCGCUGCAAUUUUAGCAAGAGGUGAUUUAGAAGGUGCUCAUACACUGGAAGCAACUCCAUUAGCACAUUUACCAAGUGAAGGAUCAGAAAAUUAUCAAUUAAUUGCAGUGAUUUGGCCAAUUGUUACAUUUGUUAUCAUUACUUCAAUCAUUGUUCAUGGUUCUUCAGUUGCUGUUAUAACAUUAGGUAAACAUUUAAACACUAUGGCUAUCUCAAUGUCUUUCACUACAACUCAAGGAAAUCAAAAUUCAAGUUCUUGGAUGUCACGUUUACCAGAACUGAAAUCAAAUGGUCGUUCAUUUUCUUUACAUCGUAUUGAUACUAUGGCUCCAUCAACUCAUUCUGCUAGUGCAUCUGGUGCUGAAGCUGGUCAAUUAUCUCAAGCUCCAACAGUGGAAACUAGUGGUAUUCCUGCAAGACCUGCAGGUGGUAUGGAUAGAAGAAAAAAGAAGAGUAAGAAGAGUAAAAAACGUAGAAGUCAUCUACAUAAGAUCCAUUCACAUCAUGGUGAUUCUAAUGCUGACACUACAGCUGCUGAUAUUGAAAAAUUACAACGUGAAAGAGAAGCCAAAGCUGCUGCAUUUGCUCUUGGUGGACCAAGAAGAGAAGAAUCACAACAACAAAACACAAACUCAUCAUCACCUGAUGAUAGCUUUGUUCAGCAAGGUAUUACACCAGCUACAACUUUUAAUGAAAAAGUCCCAUGGCCAACAGGUGGUAAUGAUGAAGAAGCUCAACUGAAUGGUUCCGAUUUGUAUAAUGAAACUACAGAAAGUGAUGAAAAACAACAAUCUUCUGAAACUUCUGAAAAUAAUGAUGGUGCUGGUGGUGAAGACUAUGAAAGAAAUAGAAGACCAAGUGCUGCUUAUACUGAAGGUGAUAAAUUAAUCAUUGAAGAUCAACAUGGUGAAAUUUUGGAUCAAGCUAAUAUGGAUGUUCCAGAUAGACUUAAGAAGAAUGAUUCAUCUAGAUCUAGUAGAUCCAAAAAGAGUUCUACUAAACGUUCCAAGAGUCCUUCAUCUUCAAUCAAUUCACUUACAAGAAAAACAUCAUCAAUAUUGGAACGUGUUAAUUCAGGUAAUAGAGAUCGUCCAAAAUAUACCGCUUAUAAAUUAGAUAAUCAAUUAAUUAUUGAAAAUGAGGAUGGUGAAAUUUUAAGAAGAUAUAAAAUUAAUCAUCAUAAAACUGUUCAACAAAAAACAAGAUCUGGUUCUAUUGCUGGAGGAUUUGGUAAAGCUUUAUCUGCUGUUGGUAUUAAAUCCAAUAUAGGUGCUAAUAAAGAUGAAUCACCAUUAGAUAAUUCAAAUACAGAAAUCAAAGACCAUUUACAGCUGGAACCUUUAGAACAACCAGAGCCUGUACGUGCUAAUGAUGAUUCCAUUCAUGAAGAAGCUGACAGUGAUUUGGAAGAAAUUACAUCAGGUGAAGAAGAAUCAGAUAGUGAAGAAGUUGAUUCUGAUGAAGAUUCGGAAGAAAGUGAUGAUGAUGAAGAUAUAGCACCAAGACCAGCCGGGUUUCAAGAAGAAACUGCAGCUGAAAGAGAUAGAAGACUGGCAGCUAUUGGGCAAGUUGAUGCACCAAGAGAUGAAUCUGAUGAAGAAGAAUUUGUUCCAACACAACGUGUUCAAAAUGAUCCACAAGCUCAACAAACUGUUCGUUCAAGUGUUGAUCAAAAUCAACCACAACAACAAGGGUCUAAGAAUGUUUUGAAAGAGAUUGGACGUGGUUUUAAGAGAAAUCAUACAAAUUCUGCACCAGGUCCACAACAACAACAACUUGACUCUCAACAAAUGGGAUCAGAAGUGAGACCAACUACUAGCAUUAAGUUCCAAGAGCCAUCUAAGCAAUAA